AUGCCGGAUUGCUAGAUGAUAGAGAAGAGCGGAGAAACGUUGGUACGUGAGGCGGUUCUAGCAGCCAGCCAGGCCAAUCGUCAUCUUCGUCUGGUGGGUGGAAACAAAUCGGCACCGACUUGGUCCCGUCCAUCUUACAUUGGAAGGCCUGGGUUUCGAUCGGGUUGGCCGGAGAUGACCCGCUUGCAUUGGUCGUCGCAGCUGUUGCCCGCCCAUGCCGCCUCUUCUUCCUCCCACACCUUGGCCUCCUUUUUCUUCCCCCUCUGUUCCAGGAGAGAUGGAGGCAUCCUCUGCGGCGAUCGCACCCUCACCUAUCACGUCGCCGACCACCACCACCACCGAUCGCCCUUCCUCGAGUCCAGGUUGCUGCCCAGGAAUCGAUCCUCGGAGUUCCCGAAAGGAAGGGGAAGGCGAACAAAAGAGCAAAACGUACGGAGGGCUUGCAGCGCGAGCCUUGAAACUUUCACGGGUGACGACGACGAGGAGGACGAGGAGGUAUUCGUGAUGAGGCUCCAGGAAUUGGCCUUCCAACUCGAGCGACAAGAGGAAGACGACGGCAUGGAAUCCAGGAUCCACUCUGAAUCAAGAAGAAAUCUAGAAGCAGAGAGCAGCUGCGGCGCUAGUCCCAGCUAUGACGAUGCCCUCUUCUCCUCCUCGUGCUACUCUGUUUCUUCAUCUUCUCUACCAUCGUCUUCUGAGCCCUCAGCCGAGCCCCCCUGGCUCUCCGGCCGGCUGGAGCCGCCAGACUGGCCGGCGAGCGUGGAGCGGAAUGCCAACAGCGUGAAUCUGCCGCUCUCGCUAAGGAUCAUCAAGCGGAAGAAGCAGCAGCGGUGGGUGGAGGGGUCGUUGUUUGGGGAGGCGGCUUGCUGCUCCGUGAAGAAGGCCUUCUCCUCCAUGGUGUUCAUCGUCCGGGAGCUUCACAGCUUCGCCCUGCAAAUGCAACAGACCCUCUUCUGCGAGGAUAUCCAGGGGAUCCUAGCCAGGGUCCAGCAGGAGAUCCAUGGUUCCUUCGUCUGGCUCUUUCAGCGGAUCUUCUCCUGCACCCCGACCCUCAUGGUCUCCCUCAUGCUCCUCCUUGCCAACUACACCGUCUACUCCCUGGGCCACUACGCCGCCAUCGCCGCGCCACCACACCGAUCCGCCGUCGUCGUCACCCACCACCAACCGGAGAGUAAAAACCAGCCGAGGUUCGAUCAUUCCUCCAUCAAAACAUUCUCAGUCACCAGGAGAACGGCCUCCGUCGGAGGGAGCGGCGGAGGUGGCGGACGGAAGGUGAGGCCGGUGGCGGGGGCCACCGGUGACGGACGCUCCGAUGAAUUCAUUUCGUCGUCGUACCGCAGCCACACGAUGCCUCCUGACGGGAUCUCGACGGUACCGGCGACAGGAGGCGGAGAGGAGGAGGGUUCGUCCACUGUAAUGGAAGAGGCGGCCGCAAGGACCUGGAGCAAAAUAGUGGAGGAAGCUUCUAGAAUGCAAGCUAGCUUGAGGGACGGGGCGCUGAUGGACCUCGACACGUUGAACCGGCUGGUGUCGCCCGUUACGGUGGAGUUGGAACCGGAGGACCGCUCGGACCACCUGCGGACGGAGCUCAACUACCAGCAGUUUCUGGCCCAAGAGCCCGACAAUCCCCUUCUCCUCUCCAACUUCGCUCAGUUCUUCUAUCUCGUCCUCCACGACCACGACAGGGCCGAGCACUACUUCAAGAGGGCGGUGGGAACAGAACCGGUGGACGCGGAGGCGCUGGCCCGUUAUGCGAGCUUCCUGUGGCUAGCGCGGAAGGAUCUGGCAGCAGCGGAGGAGACCUACUUGGAAGCCAUCGCUGCGGAUCCCGGCAAUACCGCCCAUGCUGCCAACUACGCGCAUUUCCUGUGGAGCACCGGAGGCGAGGACACGUGCUACCCUCUUGAUGCCGACGAUGCGUAGGCGGCAAAGCAACAGCACAGAAAAGAAGGGGGCAUGGUAUUUAUAUUAGUAUGAGAA